AUCGCUCAAGAUCUAAAUUCAGAAUGGUAAAAGUUUCUUAAAUCUCAAAUUAAAUAAAUUAUAAUACAACUUCAAAAUCAAAUUCAUAAAAUUUAAAUUCUAAAGAACCCAAUAAACUUUCUCCGUCCAAAAAAAUGGUGUCUUAUCUCUGUCCAUACUAAAAAUCCUUAAAAUAAAGAGCCCCGUUUUUCAUUUUUUCAAUUUCCAAUCACUGUAUAACUCCUUUUAUCUUCUCUCCGAAUAAAGCCAUUAACAAACUUUCGAACUUUUAUGAUACAAAUUCAAACAUAUGUUGCCUCUAAUAAAUUCUUGUUCAAUCUUCACUCCUCCAAAUUCUUCAUUACUUCCUCCUCGUAAAUCCACCGUCAUUCGUUGCCAAGCCGCUGCUGACCCACCAGCCGGCGGCGGCACCUCGUCCUCUCGCUGGUGGUUCAAAUUCGGCGCCGCCGCGAAUGCCGCCGCCUCUGCUGCAGAAGCACCUGGGUUUGGGAGAACUAGCCAAAACUCCGACGAAAUUGCUGAUAAUCGAAUUGGGAAUAACAUUAAGAAGAAGACAAAAGUGAAUGCGAAGGAAAGGCGUUGGUCGCGUAAUAGAGAGAGUUAUUUGGCUGAUGAUGGUGAUGCUCUUCCUCUUCCUAUGACUUACCCUGACACUUCCCCUUGUUCCCCGGAGGAAAUCGACCGCCGGCUGCAGUGUGAUCCUAUAAUUGAGGAUUGCAAGCAAGUUGUCUAUGAGUGGACUGGAAAAUGUCGGAGUUGCCAAGGGACAGGACUUGUCAGCUACUAUAACAAAAAGGGGAAAGAGACCAUCUGUAAAUGUAUACCUUGCGCUGGAAUUGGUUAUGUGCAGAAAAUAACACUACGUACGGAUAUUGAUGUGAUGGUGGACUUGGAUGAUAAACCACCUUGACAAAAGAAUACUUGUACCAUUUUGUUCAAACCAGUAUACAUUAGGAAGCUUUGAGGAGACACGUAACUUAGGAGAAUUGUUCUAUUCUUUGAGGAGCAAACUGUGGGUCCAAUAGUAAACAAAAUUGAUUUGUCAAAUAAUGGACAUAUUCUAUACAUCCGUAGCAGAAUAAAGUAAUUUCGGAGAAAGAGAUGAGACGGCUGGAGCAACUGAACAAGUUGGGCAAGGAUCGGAUUUGUAACUUAGCUUUUUCACUUCGUUCUUUCCUUCUUGGUUCUGGAAUUGUUUUCAUACGUUUAGUUGAGAAUCUUGGUUGCUUUACAAGUAAUUGAGGAAUAAAAAGUAUUCUUCCUUAUCUUCUUUA